GCGAGCGACCUCCUAUCAGCGGGAAAAUCCUCGAGUCUCGGGGAUUCGCGCAUGGCAGCACCGGAGGACAUCGUCACACGCGUCGCCAAGCUCGCCAUCAGCUGCACCGCCAUGCCCACCGCCUCCCGCCCCUCCAUGUUGCGAGUGGCCCAGGACCUGGAAGCCCUGAGGGCCGAGGUGGGAGGUGGGGUGAAGAGCGCCCCGGGAGCAGCAAGAGUGGAUGCCAAUAUUGUAACUGAUAAGGUUGAGAGGACUAUAGACGAGGAUCUGGAGCUGCUGAAUCUGGAGUUCUCUUAG